UGGGAUAACCAAAUAAAAAAUUAAAAAAAAGAAAAAAAAGAAAAAGAGUGAGUGAGUGAGAGAGAGAGAAAUGAGGAACUCACUUUGGCUGAGAGGAAAUGCAAUAACGAUACGAAGCGAUUGGAAACUUUGCGAAGGCAAAAGCAGAAGAAAAGGGUUGAGCCCCUUCUCCUUAAUCGUUUCUUCAAUGCCUUACGAGAAGGAGCUCGCUGCUGCAAAGAAAGCUACCUCUCUCGCUGCUUGUCUCUGCCAAAAAGUACAAAAGGCUCUUUUGCAGUCCGAUGUCCACUCAAAAUCUGACAAAAGUCCAGUUACUGUGGCUGAUUAUGGUUCACAAGCCUUGGUCAGCUAUAUACUUGAGAGAGAACUUCCUUCUGAACCAUUUUCAUUAGUAGCCGAGGAGGAUUCAGGAGAUCUUCGUAAGGAAAGUGGCCAGGAUACGCUGAAGCGGAUUACAGAACUUGUCAAUGAUACUCUUGCUAGUGAAGGAUCAAAUAGUUUUUCUACUUUAACAACAGAUGAUGUGCUUAGGGCCAUUGACAAUGGUAAGUCUGAAGGUGGUUCUGUUGGGCGCCACUGGGUUUUGGAUCCAAUAGAUGGUACUAAAGGGUUUGUAAGAGGAGAUCAAUAUGCUAUAGCAUUAGCUUUGCUACAUGAGGGGAAAGUUGUAUUGGGUGUCUUGGCUUGUCCGAAUCUUCCACUGGCAUCCAUUGGCUGUAAUCAGCAGCAUUCUUCUUCAAAUGAAGUUGGUUGUCUUUUCUUUGCUGAAGUUGGUGAUGGAGCAUAUAUGCAGGCAUUGGGUGGUUCUACACAAACUAGGGUGCAUGUCAGUGCUAUUGAUAAUCCAGAAGAAGCAUCAUUUUUUGAAUCUUUUGAAGCAGCACACUCCUCACAUGACUUGUCUAGCUCCAUUGCAGAAAAACUUGGUGUCAAAGCACCACCGGUCAGAAUUGAUAGCCAAGCAAAAUAUGGAGCUUUGUCAAGAGGAGAUGGGGCUAUAUAUUUACGUUUUCCUCACAAAGGAUACCGUGAAAAAAUAUGGGACCAUGCUGCUGGCAGCAUUGUUGUGACUGAAGCUGGAGGCAUUGUCACGGAUGCUGCAGGGAACCCUUUGGACUUUUCAAAAGGAAAGUUUCUUGAUGUUGUUUCUGGUAUUAUUGUUACAAACCAGAAAUUGAUGCCGUCACUUCUGAGAGCAGUUAAAGAUGCGAUCAAUGAGAAAGCAUCAUCCUUGUGAUUUCUGAUAAACAUAUGAUUCUACAACUGAUUGCUAACUUCGUGGUAAGCUUCAGUUAUAUAUUGUGCUAUAUUUCUUUGUAGCAGAUUGCUGUUCUGGUUUUUACUGCUUCUAUUGUCUUGAGGAUUUUUGUAAUUUAGCUUCGAAGUAUUUUUUCCUCCUCCAUGUACUUCUGUUUUUUCUCUUAACUUAUUUUCUAUUAAUAAACAGAGAUCUUU